AUGGACUUGGAAGAGGGUAGAUAUAUAAUCUGGCUAGAAAAUUGGCUAAAUGAAUUUUCAGAGUGUCAAUAUUCUGAACCGGAGGGAAGAGAUGACCAUUUCACGGUGGAUUUCUCGAAAUAUGCGAGUUUGCCAGAGAUUUCUCUGGAAAUUUACAACUCAAUAAAAAGCAGUGGCCUCUCUUUAGAACAACUUAGCACAUAUAUAAACAAGCUAGGAGUUAUAAUAUCACAGUCUGACCUUGGAGCCAUUUCAGCCCAGCCGCGCUCAAAAAUGGCCAAAAUGUUCUCAAUUAUUUUCGAAACCUCAGACAUCUCAAAUAUACUCCUAGAGAGCAUAAACGAAAACUCCUACGCCUACGUAUACCUCAUGAUCAGAGUCCUGUUUGAGAUUAUUCUAUACACCGAAAGUACACCAGUAAGGUCAUUUGCACAUUCUCAAAUUGUCAAGAAUAAACAUAUUAUCAACGCACUUAUAUCAUUAUCAUAUAAUCCAUCUACCAUUCCCAUACAUUAUACAGGUGCCUAA